GGAGAAAGCCGGCUGAAGCCUUGCGUUCAGCUUUUACAUUGACAUAUGUUCUCGGUUGACAUCUGAGAUCGACGUUCAUUAUUUUAAUUUUUCAAAACAGAUAAUCAUGGCCAAGAAGAGAAGCGGAAACCGCGAGACAGAGAGCAGUCCGCUGGUAGAGCCGGAGCCGAGGCCCUCCAAACAAACUCCGGUCCUCAAAGGAGCCCAGUCGUCAGGAGGAGCCUCCGCACGCAUGUCAAUCCUCCUCCUCAUCACUAUCUUUGCCUGUUCGGCUUGUGUCAUGUAUCUGCUGUUCAGAAAUUUCCCAGAACUGAGCGAAGACGAGAGAGAAAAAAUCAAAAUCCCUAAAGACAUGGAUGAUGCCAAGGCAUUGGGCAUAGUGCUGUCCAAAUACAAGGACACAUAUUACACUCAAGUGCUUUUAGCAUACUUUGCAACAUACAUCUUCCUUCAGACGUUUGCCAUCCCAGGCUCCAUAUUUCUCAGUAUACUCUCUGGUUAUCUCUACCCUUUUCCAUUAGCUCUCUUCCUGGUCUGUCUGUGUUCUGGCCUUGGAGCGUCUUUUUGCUAUAUGUUGUCUUAUUUAGUCGGGAGGCCGAUGGUGUACAAGUACCUCACAGAGAGAGCUCAGAAAUGGUCACAACAGGUGGACAAGCACAGAGAGCACCUCAUUAACUACAUCAUUUUUUUGAGAAUAACUCCUUUCCUUCCAAACUGGUUCAUCAACAUCACCUCGCCGGUCAUUAAUGUGCCUCUGGGUGUCUUCUUCCUGGGGACCUUUCUUGGAGUGGCUCCUCCAUCCUUCGUGGCGAUUAACGCAGGGACGACUUUGUACAAACUGACCACAGCUGGCGAGGCCGUGUCCUGGAACUCUCUUCUCGUGUUGGGGCUUUUAGCUGUGGUCUCCAUCCUUCCUGUCUGCUUCCAGAAGAAAAUCCAGCAGAAACUUGAGUAGAGAUCAUCACCCCCUGCUUGAUUCAACUCAGGAAUGAUACUGGUCCUCUAAACUUAUCAUUGCUUUCUUCUCCUCUUUUAUGCAUGUACAACAAACCCUCAUUUCAUCAUAUAACGGACAGCCAGUGGCUGUCAGAGUCAGGACUGGCCUUCCAUUGAUUCGACUGUACUUCCAUGGAAUGAAAAUUUUUCCAUUUAAGCAAUAUUUUCAAUAUUGAUGUCUUCAGUGGAUUUUCAGUUUCUCAAUAUUUUCCACAAAACAGCAAUGAUUUAUGUGAGAUACACUGGAAGAGGCAUAUUUUCACUCCCUCUGAAGUUGCUGAGCUAAAAUGGAAAGUGCCAAUUUCAACCUUUUUUUACUGUUGAUUUAAUGUUCAAAUGUGUUUGAGAAUGAGGUAUUACAUGCAUCAGAAACCUUUUGCGGGUGAGCUUUGUGGGUUUACUACUACUUUUUCUUAUUUCUCAUGCCAGCUGAGACUGCAGUAGGGAUCUGAAUGGACGAUCUCUUGACAGUUCCCUGUGUACUGCUGCUAACUGUAGAUGAUAGUGCUUAGCUGUUGUUAUAGACUUUAUUUUCCCCCAAAACUGAUAAAUAUGGAUGAUGCCACAUUAGUAUUACAGAUCAAAACUGUAGAAAGCAUAUUGAUAGGUUCUGCCUUAAUAUAACUAGUUAACUUAAUUGAAGUAAAAGAAAUGGCACCAAUAUCCUGAUGUCACGCAUACUGAACCAUUAACACCUAUUUUAGCAUUUCAGACUAUUUUUAAUUCUUUUUAUUUGGACGCAGGUUUUUGAAGUAGUCAAAAUGCCGAAUUAUAGUUUUUUUUUUAUUUUUAUCAAAUAUUUUAUAAUUUAAGUAAAAUAAUAUUGGGUUUUGUUUGUUUUUCGUUUAAGCCACGUGGCAGAGGGAAGUAUUAAAUUCUGGAAAUAUAUGAGAUUUGUAACUGUUACAGUCGGUUUAAUCAAGCGCAUGUCUAUUUAAUGGAAUAAUUCACCCGAAAAUGUAAAUUUGCUGAGAAUUCAUUCACCCUCAGGCCAUCAGAGAUGAGUAGAUGAGUUUGUUUCUUUAUCUGAGCAGAUUUGUAGAAAUGUAGCAUUACAUUACUUGCUCACCAAUUGAUCCUUUGCAGUGAAUAAAUGGGUGCCGUCAGAAUGAGGGUCCAAACAGCUGAUAAAAACACGACAAUAAUCUGAAAGUAAUCCAUACGACUCCAGUCCAUCAGUUAAAGUCUUGUGGAGUGAAAAGCUGCAUGUUUAUAAGAAACAAAUCCAAGAUUAAGACAUUUUUAAUUUCAAACCGUUGCUUCCGGCUAAAAUUUUAUUUUACUCCCUCUGUCCAUGAUAUUGCUUUUUUCUGUGAAAAGCCUGUAUUGUCUGAAUUGAGAGAGAAAUAUGCUUCGAUCAAGCACUGUU